AUGCAGGAUUACCUGUCUGGACAUACCCAGGUGGUUACUCUGGAUGGAGCCAAAUCUGAGGCACUACAAGUGAACCAUGGAGUUCCCCAAGGAUCUAUUCUGAGCCCUCUUCUUUUCCUCAUUUUCAUAAACGAUCUCAGCAUGAAUCUAAAAGCAUUAUUGUUUGCGGAUGACAUCACUCUUGUUGGCCAGGAUGAAGAUCCCCAAUUGGCCAUCCUCAGGUCUGCCCAGCUGCUUGAAGAGGCCAGUUCGUGGUUUGGAGCAAAUAGACUGUGCAUGAACCAGACAAAUACGCUGAACAUUUUAUGCAUUUUGAAAUGUGGACCGCCUUGCUUUGGUGAGCCUGAAGUUAAGCUGCUUGGUUUUAUGAUAGACGCCACACUGUCGAGGGACCAGCACAUCAACAUGAUCUGUAAUCGGCUCUCCAAGGUGACUUACCUGAUGCGCAAGUUGAGGAGCAUCGUGCCGAGAAACUACCUGGUGACUGCAUACCAUGCUUUGUUCCACAGUAAUAUUAACUUUGGGAUUGUGCUUUGGGGACAUGCGGGUUGUUGUGAAAGGAUUCUGCUUCUUCAAAAAAAAGUGAUCCGCAUCAUUACAUUCUCGCCAUACCUAGAACAUUGCCGGCCACUAUUCAAAGAACUGUGGAUCCUUGCAGUCUUCAGUCAGUACCUGCUUAGCUCAGACAUCGGCCUACACAUUCGCGAGCAGCUGAAGCUGCAUUUCUCGGCUUCGGGUGAGCUGAACCCAACCAUCUGCCAGGAGAAGUGCGAUCGGCGUUUUGUGAGCCUCAAGCGACUUGUCGACAACCAUCACAAAAACGUCUACAGGCGGUCGGCGAAUUCUUCAGCCACCGGACUCACCGCUGAGCAGUGCAACAGUGUGCUGUCCGACGAAUUUCUCGACCACCUCGCCGAACAACGAAAGUCGGUGCUGAUCAAAGUCAACAAAUAG